ACAAAGCGUCAACCCCAACCCCAAGCAACGGUCAAGGCAUGAAAAAUUGCAAGCAACUCAAGAUGUAAAACACAAGAAUCAUCUAGGAAGUCAUAGAACCCACCAAGCCAUUGCCCUGAGUUACUGCUGAAACAACCCCCAAAACCUCCCCUUUUCGGAUUCCCACAUUCACUACGAUACAGUUGAGCAACGUUGGAGACCAAGCCACCAACCGAGGGGAAUGCGGAGACUCACCAAUACCAGCAAACACUUUUAGCAAGUCGGAUUCCAUGACAACAACAUUAGCACAAAUACAUUAAAUCACAUCUUUUUAUUUUCCAUUUUAAAUAUUUAAAAUGGAAAAGCAGGGCACGGUUUAUUUUUUAGAUAAGCAGGGCACGUGAGUCCAUAGUCCAUUCCUUCUUCCUCCUCUGCCUUAGUCAGCUCAGGCAAGCAGUUCCAUGCCAUGAAUGCUCGAUGGCUUGGUGCCGGAGAAGCCGUGGAGGUUCAUGUUUUGGUUGGCGCCGUUAAAGUAAAGAAUAAGGCAGUUGAAUUUGCUUCUAGCAAUAUAAGGAAGCCAUGGACGUUUUUCAACUUCCUCCAUUGUCGUCUUGCUGGUGCAGCAGGAACACCAAAGAAUGGAGGAGCCACGUGCGUUCUGUGUUUUUUAAUAUAUAUUUUUUCUAACAUGUUCAGUCGUUAAGUUUGUGCUAUUCAAGAAGCACCGACCCAGAUCCAAAAUCAACUAUCUUUCGUUUUCUCAUGUUGGGUAGUUUUGCUAAUUUCAUAGUUCGGAUUGUACCAGGUGAGUGUUUUGCCCUUAACUUUGCUUUCAGUUCUCAUAAUUCGACACUGUUUGUUUAUUUCUUAUAUUUUCCAUGGAGGAACCACUCUGAACUAGUGAACUCUACACUAGAGGUUGAACUUUUUUAUAGAAAAAAUUUAACUUCUACUGUGAAACCACUGCAGCUUGAUCAACUGAGAAAACCCUUUUCACCUUCUUAGUUUUAAAAUUGUUAAAGUAAUGAUUAUCAUAUAUGUUUGAAUUCUGAAAUAAUAAGUGAGUAGCAAGAUAGUGUUUUGAGAGAGGGGUGAUUUGUGGGAUACACUUGCCUUUUAGGGCUGUUUAUAGUUUAAUCUUUCAAUGAAGAUACAUGUCACCAAUCACACCAUUUUAGGGGUAAAAGUAGAUAAUGUUCAUUGCACAGCAAGAGGACAUAGGCCAAUUAUGCAAUAUUUUACUGUCACCAUUUUCGGGGUUUUCCAUAAAUCCUUUCCCUAAACUAAUUCUGUCAAAAAUAAAAUGCAAUCAUGUUCUCUUCAGUCUUCUCUAUCAUAUAAAUUAGAUAGUGUUUAUGAGCUGAGCCUAUGGCUUCUGUCUGAUAGGUUUCAGGUUUCCAAAGGUUGCAUUUUGUUAAGUGCAAUUCGCAGCAUUGUUCUGAAGAUAAAAGAGGAAGGGAGCAUAGGAUGAGAACCCUGUACAGGAAUCCAACUGCUUCACCUUGGAAUCCAGGGAGUAGAUAUUGCUCUACUUGGACUGUGAUAUGGAGCUUCUUGGGAUGCCUACUUUUGCUUCAUCUAUAUUCAAGUGUCCACCGCGAACAUGGGGAAGGUGGAGAGGUCAAAUUGCAUGCGAGUAUUCAUCAUCAUCCUCAGCUCCAUGAACUCCAACAAGUGGAAAAUGAGAAAUUCCAAAUUCCCCCUGCAAAGAGGAAGAGGUCCCCUCAGGGAGGGAAACACGGGCCUAAGCGGAUAACCCCAUUGGUUGAUGAAUUCUUGGAUGAACAUUCCCAAGUGAGACAUGUUUUCUUUCCCGGUAAAAGAAGUGCUAUAGAUCCAAUGAAGGCUAUGGGAAACGAUAGUUAUUACUAUUAUCCCGGGAGAAUUUGGUUGGAUACUGAUGGAAAUCCUAUUCAAGCCCAUGGAGGGGGCAUUAUAUAUGAUGAAAAAUCAAGCAUGUACUAUUGGUAUGGUGAAUAUAAAGAUGGACCUACCUACCAUGCUCGUGAUAAAGGAGCUGCUCGGGUGGACAUCAUAGGAGUUAGUUGCUAUUCUUCUAAGGAUUUGUGGACCUGGAAAUAUGAGGGUAUUGUACUAGCAGCUGAGCCAACAAAUGAGACCCAUGAUCUGCACAAGUCCAAUGUGCUUGAGAGGCCAAAAGUGAUCUACAAUGAGAAGACCAGAAAGUAUGUGAUGUUGAUGCAUGUUGACAAUGCCAAUUACACAAAAGCCUCUGUUGGCAUCGCAGUUAGUGACAGACCUUAUGGUCCAUUUGAAUAUCUCGGUAGCGAAAGGCCCCACGGAUAUGAAAGCAGGGACAUGACAGUUUUCAAAGAUGAAGAUGGUGUGGCAUAUCUAAUCUACUCCUCUGAAGGAAACAAUGUGAUGCACAUUGGUCCCUUAGCUGAAGAUUAUCUCAAUGUAACAUCUGUCAUGAAAAGGGUUUUUGUGGGACAGCGCAGAGAAGCACCAGCUAUGUUCAAGUACAAAGGAACAUAUUACAUGAUCACAUCAGGGUGCACUGGUUGGGCUCCAAAUGAGGCACUUGCUCAUGCUGCUGAGUCAAUUUUUGGGCCUUGGGAAACCAUUGGAAAUCCAUGCAUUGGAGGGAACAAAAUGUUUAGAGUCGCUACUUUCCUUGCUCAGAGUAGUUUUGUGCUUCCACUCCCUCAGUUUCCUGGUUCGUUUAUUUUCAUGGCGGAUAGAUGGAAUCCUGUUCAGUUAAGAGACUCAAGAUAUGUGUGGUUGCCUUUGAUAGUGGCUGGAACUGGACCUGCUGAUGAAUACAGUUCUGGAUUCCCAUUAUGGUCAAGAGUUUCUAUCUAUUGGCAUAGGAGAUGGAAACUGCCUCAGGGAUGGAGCACAUUCAAAUGAUGUAGUUUCAUGGAUGUAUUUUACAAUUUCUAGUAACUUUUGUAGAAAUAUCACAAUAAUUGGAUAUAUGGUUGAUUUUUAUUAUGUUUGCUA